UUAUUCAAUUUAUUUAACCCACAAAUAUCUUUUAUUAAUCAAAUUUUUAAGUCAGUACAGGUUUAGAACAAUUUUUCUUUAAAUUCAUUUUUCUCUAUGUAAAACAUAACAACCUUUUCCCACAAAUAUACAAGCAAUUUCGGUAUUAUACUAAGCAUUGUUCUUGAAUGACUUAGGCUGUAAUGCAGACAGUAAAUCAAACCACCCUUUUCCAGGUUUCAACACUCUCAUGCUGGCCCCUGUUCCGAGACUGUGCAGUGUACGCAGUUAGUGUAGGAGCGGUUUUUGGCAUAAUAUUUGACAACCAAGUUUACUGGUAUGAAGGAGCGCUGCUGCUGCUCAUUUACGGGCUCUAUGUUUUACUGCUGUGUUUCGACACUAAGAUCAGCCGAUAUGUCAUGGAGAAAUGCAGUCCCUGCUGCCCCUGCCUUGCCGGAGUUCUGGAGAGAAGUGAGCAGCAGACACUGCUGGGAUGGGAAGAUGAGAGCCAGCUCUUCACUCGCCGCCAAUCAAGGACAGACAGUGGAAUAUUUCAGGAAGACUCUGGUCACUCCCAACUUUCUCUAGGUUUACACGGUCUUAGUGAUAUUUCUGAAGAUCCACCAAGUAUUUUCAGCAUGCCUGAAGCAGACUUAAAAAGAAUUUUUUGGGUACUCUCUCUUCCUAUUAUUACAUUACUUUUUCUGACAACACCAGAUUGCAGAAGAAAGUUUUGGAAAAAAUACUUUGUGAUAACCUUUUUCAUGUCUGCACUAUGGAUAUCUGCAUUUACAUACAUCCUGGUUUGGAUGGUCACAGUAACAGGGGAACUACUAGGAAUCCCAGACACGGUAAUGGGUCUUACUUUAUUGGCAGCAGGUACAAGCAUACCAGACACAGUCACCAGCGUGUUAGUUGCAAGAAAAGGUAAAGGAGACAUGGCUAUAUCUAACAUCGUGGGAUCCAAUGUGUUUGAUAUGCUAUGCCUAGGUCUUCCCUGGUUUAUUAAGACUGCAUUUACCAAUGCAUCUGCUCCUGUGGAAGUGAAUAGCAAGGGCCUCACUUAUAUAACCAUCUCUCUCAACACUUCAAUUAUUUUUUUGUUCUUAGCAGUUCAUUUUAAUGGCUGGAAACUAGACCGAAAGUUGGGGGUGGUCUGCCUAGUGUUAUACUUAGGACUUGCUACCUUAUCAGUUCUUUAUGAACUUGGAAUUAUUGGAAGUAACAGAAUAAGGGGCUGUGGAGUUUGAUACUUUUAAUAGUGUUAUGUGGGAAAGGUGGAAAUGGUAGAGGGACAAAAAAGGAAAUAAACAAAACAAACAAAAAAGAAAAACCAGGUCUUCAUUUAGGUCAAAUAAGAAACAUCCUCAACUUUAGAAUAUAAUACUUAAUUACUAUUCUUUAUAAGCAGAGAAAAGUAAUUUAAACCAAACCAAAAUCAUAU